CAAACAAAAUACAAAAUUAUAAAUAAACAGAUAAUUCGAUUACUCCACUCCAACCAAGGACCGUCGGCAGGAGUGGGAUCCCGCUCAAAAUCCCAACAAAAGCAACAAUAAGAAUACACAUACAUAUACAACUGCAGUUACAACUACAACUAUACAAUUCAAUUUAUUUCUCAAACAGCUAGCACAAUGCCCACUACAACACAACAAUCCCCGCUGCAGGGUACAACACUCCACCCGCAUCCACAUACACAUUCGCAUCCGCACCCACAUCAGGAUAAUAUGAAACUAAAUGCAGAGGAAAGCAAUAUGCCAAAUUUAUCAACCUUAUCGCUGGACGAACUGAAGCAAUUGGAUCGCGAUCCCGAAUUCUUUGACGAUUUCAUUGAGGAAAUGUCCGUGGUUCAGCAUUUAAAUGAAGAGCUUGACUCGAUGAUGAAUCAAGUAGAGAAUAUAUCACGUGAGAACGAAAACAAGGGCUCACAUCUAGUGGAGCUAAAACGAAGGCUCAGUGAUGAUUGUACGGCACUCAAAACACUCGGCGAGAAAUGUGAUCAAUUGAAUAAAAAGUAUUUGAAAAAGUCAGAGGAAUAUGCCCCACAACAUAUCCGGGAAUUACUCCAAAUAGCAGCCUCAAAUGCAGACGCUGAUUGUGAUCGGCAUGUAGAACAUUUUCUCAAUGGUAAAAUCGAUGUGCAAACUUUCCUAAAUACCUAUCAGAGUUCCAAGAAGAUUAGCUCAGAGCGCAAGGCCAAAGAGGAGCGUCUGGGCAUACAACUCAGUGCCCUGGAGCGUGCUGGUAUUUGAAACGAAAGGUAUCGACAGCUGAAGUGAUAAAGGCAGGGAAGCAAAACUCUUAUACAGAUGAUAAAAUAUACGCAAAUGAUUGAAGAUAAGAGACAACAACAACAAAUGAAUAAUGAUAAUAAUUGCAUGUUGAUACAAAUGCUUUAUAUACACAGAUACUUAAUUCUAUUCAAUGUCCUUUCGGAAAUGUUGUUUCCCUAAUUCAACUCUGUCCUUUUUGUUUCUUUCAAAAGUCGCAAUAUAGAAUUUAAGGCAAUUUUGGUAAUUUAAAGAAAAAAUGGAAAGAAACUCAAAAAAAAAAGAAAAAAACCAGAUCUGGUUAUAUUUUAUACAUGAAACACAUUUGAUCAAAUAACACCAACAAAAAAACAAAAAUCAUAGAUUUAAAUACUUAAUAUAUAGAUAUUUGUAUACAAGAAAAUUUUUUUGUAAAACGCAUCGAUAGGGCCAAGCAAAUUGAUAGCGUAUCAUUUAUAAAGGUAUAAGUUUUAAUAUAUUACAUAUAUGUAUAUGAUUAUAAUCGAGGCAAUCAAUUUAAGGUUCAUUUAGAUACCAAUAUAAUGUAUAUAUAUGCAUAUUCAAUAUGACUCCAUUUAUGGUAGUCAUUGAAAGUUUUUCACAGAAUUUUAGAUAAUUGGAAUAGGCAAUCAUUUUGUUUGCCUCAUAAAUAAGUAAAUUUUCUUUUCCAAUUUUUUUUUGCGUGUUUUUUUUUUUUAAACUUAAUAUAAUUCCUUUCUAAUUGUUUGUGCCCCCAAGUCCGUUAGUCCAGUCAAUAUUAUAGAAAAUGUAUAAUUUAAUAAAAACCAGAAAUAUAUAUAUAUAUAUGUAUACAUAUUCAUAAA